CUUAUCCGCCGCCACGUCCUGAGCCGCCUAUCUAUGUCGCCGCCGACGACGGGCUGGCUCCUCCUCCACCCAUGCGCCCCUCCCAAUCUCCAUAGCCUCCAACGACCAAAUCCAUCUCCUGCCUCCUGCAACUAGUCCUGCCAGUGCGCCGCGUCCGCCGCCAGUGAAUGCCCUCCGCAAGGACUGCCCCUAGCCCCUCUGCUCCGGCGCUCCUCGGUCGUCCCCGACCCUUUGCCUGGUCGCUAGGGGCGUGCUGCUCCACGCCUGCUCCUGCCGGGGGCCGCCGCCUGCCGCGCCGGCUCUGGCGCUUUGCUCCGGCCAAUCCCGGGCUGCUCGCCUGCUCGGCCGGACUCUGCUGCCCAGGACUUGCUGUCAACAAACAGCAAGCAGGCUGGGAAAAAGAAGAGGAAGAUAUAUUUCAUUGCAAGUUUCAACACCCAGUGUUUCAGUUGGACUGAAUCAACUCCACAAACUGGAACAACCAUAGAUUGGACCACCGCCUUUGGCUUCAAACAACCCGCCGUCAAUCUCAACUCAAGAAAGGCGAUGGAUCGAGGUUGGGUGAGUCAACCAAGAGCUAGUGCUGCUUACAAAGAUGGUGUCGAGCAAUUUCUGUCUUUUGCAUUCCAUGAUGUUCGGGCUGGUGAUAGAAUUCUCUGUCCUUGUGUAAAUUGCCAAAAUAAAGCUAUGCAGAGUUAUGAUGGAAUGAAAACUCACUUGAGAUGUGAUGGUAUUCUUCAAGGUUACACUAAGUUGGUUUGCCAUGGAGAGGAUUCCAGUGAACCAUCAUUUGCAUUUGCUCAUGUAUCAGUUAACAGUGGCAAUUUUUCUAUUCCUGGCAUCCCAAGGAAUGUUGUUGGAGAAGGCAACCAUGGAAGGAUGGAUGACAUGCCAGGACUCUUAAGUGCUGUCUUUGCUAUGGCUAACAGUUGUUAAUCUUUAUCAAGCACAUCUGAUGGUGAAUUAGAUGGCGUUGAAUUUGAGAAUAUGGUACCUAAUUUAGUUGAGGAUGAGAAUGUAGAUGCUCAAACAAGGAAGAAACCUAAUACGUAUGCAAGCUUCUUGGAGGAUGCAAACACGGAGUUAUACCCUGGAUGUAAAGCAUUUUCUAAGUUGUCAUUUCUCAUCACCUUGUAUCACAUGAAAUGCUUACAUGGAUGGUCACAAGAAUCAUUUACAACGCUACUUGGUGUUUUGUCUGAUGCACUUCCACACGCACAACUACCAAAGAAGUACUAUGAGGUACAAAAAAUCAUCCGUGGCUUAGGCCUUGACUACGAGAAAAUUCACGCAUGCCCCGAUGAUUGCAUGCUUUUCCGAGGUGAACGAGCUGAUCAAGAGUCUUGCCAUGUGUGUGGCAGCUCGCGUUGGGUUACAAAUGAGAAGAAAGACUCCCAAGCUGAAUCUGUAUCUAAGCAGAAGAAGAAACCAGCCAAGGUGUUGCGUUACUUUCCUUUGAUACCGAGGAUUCAAAGGCUCUUUGCAACAAGAAAAACAUCAGAUGACAUGCGUUGGCACGAUGAGUGUCGUACUAAAGAUGGAAAGAUACGGCAUCUAGCUGAUGGCGAGUGUUGGAAAGAUCUUGAUGCUAGAUACCCCAGUUUUGCUGCUGAUCCUCGUAAUCCGCGCCUUGGCAUUUCGAGUGAUGGAUUUAACCCUUUUCGGAGUAUGAGUUCAAAACAUAGUACUUGGCUAGUGAUGCUUAUCCCGUACAACCUACCGCCUUGGAUUUGCAUGAAAGAAACAUCUCUAAUUUUAUCGAUGAUCAUUCCUGGACCAGCUUCCCCUGGGAAUGACAUUGAUAUAUAUUUGCAGCCACUGACUGAUGAGAUCUUACAGUUAUGGGAUGGUGUAGACACAUUUGACGCUUCCUCGCAGGAGAUAUUUCCACUCAAGGCUGCACUAUUAUGGACUUUAAAUGGUUUUCCAGCAUUAGCUUACCUGUAUGGUUGGAGCACAAGUGGUAAAUAUGGUUGUCCAUCCUGUGGUCCUUCUACAAGAUCAUUUCGCCUGAAUAAGAGUAUGAAACCUUUUUAUGUGGGUCACCGUCGCUGGUUACCACAUGGUCAUGUAUUUCGAAACCGAAGAAGGCGGGAAUUUGAUGGCACUAAAGAGACAGAAUUGGCACCGACAAGUAUGAGUAGUAGUUCAGCUUUGAAAAUGUUGCAAGGCAGAGUGUUUGUGUUAGGCAAAAAAGGCAAUGUAGCAAAGAAAGCAAAGGGCGGGAAGAAGGUCAAAAACAGUGAAAAAGAAAAUGAAAAGAAUCAAGAACCGAAGCGUAAAAGGAAGGCAGACAACAAGAAGUCAAUUAAGAACCAAGGUAAGCCUGAGAAGAAGCCUGAGGAUUGGUUCAAAAAAAUCAAUAUUUUUCAACUUGCCAUAUUGGGAACUUAACAAGUUAAGGCACAAUGUCGAUGUAAUGCACAUAGAAAAGAAUGUGUUUGAUAAUUUAAUUGGAACGUUGUUGGAUAUUGAUUCUAAAACAAAGGAUGGCCUUAAUGCACGGCUUGAUUUGGCAGAAGUUGGUGAAAAUGGAAUUCGACAUAAUCUUCAUCCUGCUGUAGAUGAUAAUGGAAAAAUAGUAUUGCCUGAUGCACCAUUUACUAUGUCUAGAAAACAACAAGAAAUACUUUGUUCAGUGAUGCACAAUAUUAGGACAUCCGAUGGAUAUGCAUCAAAUUUUUCUAGGCAUGUCAACAUGAAAGAUUGUACAAUCUCAGGUCUCAAAAGUCAUGAUUGUCAUGUUAUUCUGCAAGAUAUUCUUUCUCUAGCACUUCGAUCCUGUUACCCACACAAAGAGGUCAUGGAAAUAGUUAUCGGGCUGUCUAAUUUCUUCAAGAAACUGUGCUCGAAAGUCUUAGAUGUCUCUGAGCUUGACGAACUUCAAGAGAGUAUUGUGAUGACACUUUGCAAUAUGGAGAGAAUUUUUCUUCCAUCAUUCUUUACUAUCAUGGUGCAUCUAAUGGUGCACUUGGUUGAAGAAGUUAAACUUGGUGGUCCAGUGCACUAUCGGUGGAUGUACCCCCUAGAGAGAUCAUUUGUUCGGCUGAAAGCACUUGUGCACAAUAGAGCAUUUCCUGAAGGUUCAAUUGCUGAAGGGUAUCUUGCCCAAGAAUGCUUGACCUUUUGUUCAAGAUUUCUAGAAGGAACUACAUGUUUUACAAGACCAUCAAGAAACCACGAUCCUUCAGACAAGAUAAAAGAUUUGUACAUGUUCCAUAGUGCUGGCGAGCCAAUUGGAAAGGAUGUCCCAGUUGGGCAGUUUAAUAGCCGGCUUCUUAUUCAAGCGCAUCGAUAUGUCUUGUGACAUUGUGAUGAGCUUGCAGAUUUCCGCAAUGGAUUUGUGGCUGAAGAGAAUAGCAAACGAUGUGACUCAGCUAAUUUGACAGAAGCUGAUACCACUAAGUUAAUUAAUGAACACUUUGCUGAAUGGUUGGAACAAAAGGUACAUUUUACCGUAUUCAUGUACUCUGAAUUAUAUAGGCACCUGAAUUUAACUAAUUGAACAUACAGGUUUUACAAAGCGAUGGAUCAACUAUUACAGAAAAGGUAAGAGCUUUGGCUGCAAAACCCAACAGAUACGGGGUGCUCUACAGUGGCUAUGUCAUCAACGGCUUCAGGUUCCACACGAUGAGUCAUGAGUCAGGGCAUGUCACACAAAAUAGUGGUGUAGUGAACAUUGCAGAAAAUGGUGUUAGAUAUUAUUGCAGAUUAAGUGACAUCUUUGAAUUGUCAUACAAUGAUUACAAAGUGGUGUUCUUUAAUUGUGAUUGGUACGAUGUCUACCACAAAGUUGGCAUUCAAA